UACUUAGGCGUUAUGCAUCAUGUGUUAAUUAUUUCGACACAGAAGCUUGAGCGUCCGCUUGUUCGUACGCACAUGCCGUGAAUUCAGUCCAAACCAAGAGUUCUAGGAGGUGGGUUAGACUUGCACUGAUGUUUCUGCUGGAGUUAUGCGUGACUUGAUAACAAAUAGCUUGGAAUUUUAAAGCUUGUAAUAUGUAACACAAAUAAAUCCGCAGUUUUUAAAAAAUCAUUACUGAAACCACUUUUUAUAGAUUUCGUAGAAGUUUCGUCACGCUCGGUUGUUAGUCAUAAGCAGGUGCUACGUUACCAGAGGGUGAUGACAGUACUCGCCUUCCCUCACUCCGACUUCACCUUCCCUCUGCCGCGCUGCCAGCAAUGCAAAUGAUAUUGAAUAGAAUAUUGACUCGCACAUCAACGUUCAUAUAUUUUCAGCAGACUUAACUAAUGCCCAAACUUAUAAGUAUUUAAUUUUCCAUUUAGAUUAGUUCGUUCCUGGCUAUUCCCCUAACACAAUAAUAACACUCAUAACACUUCUGUUAUACACCAUCCAUAACACGUCAGUAUAUACCCCCUCAUAACACGUUAGUUAUACAUAUAACCAUAACAAUUCAGUUAUACACUCAAAACACGGUAUUUAUACAACAUAACACGUUAUUUACAAACUCAUAGGAGUGCAGUAUUUCAUCAUCACCGUGCAAAUAAGGACUGCACCACAACCAUGACAGACUACGAGAGCUACCAGCCAACCACGUAUCCGUGGAGCAUCGUCGUGUCUGCGGUGUCUUCUGUCUGCAUCUUCAUCUCAUUUGCAUCGCCUUAUUGGCUCGCUAAUGACCAGCGCCUUGAACAGCCGGAGUUCCUUAAUUUAGGCCUGUGGCAGGCGUGCUUCCGUAACUACCGCGACUACCGCUACUUCUACGACAGGAUCUAUGACGGCUGCUACUGGACUCUCAGUGAAGAGAUGCACGUCAUCGACGACCAGAUCAGGAAACCGUUCUUCGUGGUGGUGCAAGUGUUCUACACGCUGUGCUUCGUUCUCUCCCUCGUCGGGGGUGCGAUGUCCAUGAUCCUCAUCCUGUGUCCCGGGGAGUCCUUCGAGAAGAAGGUUCUUAAGACCGCCUACAUCGCGGGGGCCAUCGCGUUCUUCACCGGCUUCCUGGCAGUCGUGAUAUUCGGGGCAAUGGCCCCCAUGGAAGGCUGGAUGCCGCACCCAGACCACAACAACUUGUCCUGGUCCUACGCUCUGGCCGUGGUCGGCGUGGUGGCGCAGUUUGCGGCGGCGCUGCUCUUCUGGUUGGAGUUCAGGAUACAGCGACGCAAGGACUCCUACAUCAACGCUCAUGGGUCCUUGCCCAUGGAGACCAAAGCUUGAGGUGUCGGAGACCUGCCUGCGGCGACGCUGGGCUCUUCGUAUCCGCCGUUAACAUCAAGAUUAAAGACAGAGGUUCUGUUGGUCGUGCUCACUUGAAGACGCCGGUCAGAUGUCUUUGUAAAUUUUACCGGUGUAUUUUAUGUCUGAUUUUAUCGGCAUAAACAUAGUUACCGCUAUAUUACCGGAAACAAUAUAUAUGGUGCAGAGGAAGUACUCUUAUUGAUGAAGCAAAUGAUUUAAAUUUUAUAACUGCGAUGCAUGUUAGCAUAGGGUGUAUUGUGCUGGAACUUUAAAAUUAGAGAUUUUUUAGCCUUCCUCGAACACUGGAAAUAAGGGUGCUGAUGGUAGAGCAUGCAUAAAGCGACUUUUUUUGUAUACAGAAAUAACAGUUCUGCAUCAGAGGCAGCAUGUCAAUAUAUAUGAGGGACCAGAGGUGGUCGGGAUUUAUAUUUCGCUCGCUGUGACGUGCUGAUUGAUGUGUCCGAAUGAUAAGCCUAACCCGAUCUCACGAGCUACAAAUAUCAACUUCAUGGUCAUCUCCCUCGUGUUAUAAACAUGUCUUCAUCGUGUAUUAGUUUUGUGCAUUGCCUGAUUACACAUGGCUUUAUCAUCAUUGAUAUUUAAUUAAAGUGUGAUGAAGCAAUGUUAUACACUUGGGCCGCUAAAAAAUGCCUUAAAUAGCAUUAAAAUGUUAACAUCCCGUCCACUGUAGAAUUAACUUAUUUUUAAUAAUUAAUUAUUCGUAAUGCCUUGUUAAUGCGUUCAAAGAUAGACGUUUUGUUUGUAAGUUCAGCACCAAGCUUCCAGAGUAACCUGUUUUGGUGCUGAAUGAAUUUAUAUCUCGACCGAUGCCGUCCAAGAUAGAAAAUAUCGUGCUGAGUGUAUGUUAGUUUUUUUGUAUGAAAUAAAUCGUUGUGGACUAGAUAUACUCUGAGCGUGUAACAUAAAUAUUAUCCACCGCUUUAGUAGACCUCCUUCAGAAAUUAUUAAUGGCCUGCGAUCUCAUGUCAAUCUUCCUCGAGUUUCUUGCCAAUCAUAAUUCCCAUGAAUUUAUAAAUUAUUGAAACCUUCUGGACGCACAGAAAGUUAAGUGAGUUUCAACUAAAAUCUUUCGAUUGUACGCAUGUAUCAAAGAUAAGCGGCGCAAUUGCCCUUACUUUUUCCCAGUGGUCUUUGUCAGGUAAAUGUUCAUCAAUAAAUAUUACGAUCUUAAUUUAUAAUUUUAAUUUUUAAUCGCAAGUGAGAGUUAUUUGAUAAGAAAUCCAUCGUGAAAAAAACACUCGUGCAUGCAUUUUGAAUUGCAGCCGACCACUGCGCUGACGCUUGUGCAUUGAUUACUUACUCAACGGUACCUAAAAAUGAUGACAUUCCAAAAUAAAAAGAAUAUUUUCAAGAACUACUGUUAACGUUGUUGUCUCUACCGUUCUGAAUCGCUGAGUAACUUCCAGCUGUAAAUAAAAUUGUGUAAUAAAGUUUUACGAAAAUAAU